AUGCGCAUUGCUGCAAAUACACAAGUGAUGUGUGAUGUCAGUAAAAGCCCCCUUAGUUUAUCAAAGGAAUUACGGCUUCUUCGAAAUGCACAAGUUUCAAAAAAGUCGAUAACAGAAAUUCCGGAAAAAGGGACAACUAUACACGAAGCAGUGCAAGUCGCGAAAGAGGAUGCUGUUAUAGACAAAUCCUCCGAUGCCAUUGUCAAAAAAAAGCCAUUAAUUACUCGGAUCAAAGACGAAUUGGUGCAUUAUUGGCAGGGAACAAAACUUUUAGGUUUAGAAAUUAAGAUCUCUACCAAGUUGCUAUACAAACUCUUAAAAGGUCAAAAAUUAACUCGGCGAGAAUACCGACAACUUAAAAGGACUACCCAAGAUCUCGUUCGUCUAGUUCCAUUUGGGGUUUUUCUCAUUGUUCCGUUCAUGGAAUUCUUACUGCCAGUAGCACUUAAGUUGUUUCCAAAUAUGCUACCUAGCACCUUUGAAGAUAAAUUUGCGAAGGAAGAGAAAAAAAGAAAAUUACUCAAAGUCCGUUUGGAGAUGGCCAAAUUUUUACAGGAAACAAUUGCUGAAGCCGCUUUAUCUGGACAAAAUCGUAACGAGGCUGCAAAAGAAUUUACAGAGUACUUUCGUAAGAUUCGAACAACAGGAGAACAGGCUAGCACUGAAGUUUUGCUUCGAAUAGCUAAAGUGUUUGAAGAUGAACUGACAUUAGAUAAUUUAUCGCGUCCUCAACUGGUUAGCAUGUGCCGUUAUAUGAAUAUAAAUGCUUUCGGUACAGACAAUUUCUUGAAAUAUCAAAUAAGAAAUAGGAUGACAGCUAUUCAAGAGGAUGAUAAAAUGAUAAUGGCUGAAGGUGUCGAUUCAUUAACCAUUCCGGAGCUUCAACAUGCAUGCCAGUCACGUGGUAUUCGUACUAUAGGUGUUUCUCCUACACGGUUACGUAGUGAACUCCAACAAUGGCUUGACCUUCACCUAAACCACAAAGUUCCUUCUACUCUUUUAAUUCUAUCACGUGCCUUCAGUUUAGUUGAUCGGCCAGAAUUAACAAAUCAAGCAGAGGCACUACAAGCUACUUUAUCUAGUUUGCCAGAUAACCUUGUUAAUGAAGCAGAGUUGCAAUUUUCUGAAGAUAAGGGAACUGCCACUUAUAAACAAAAACUCGAAGUCAUUGAGGAGCAAGAGGAGUUGAUCGCUGAUGAAAAGGCUCAAGAAGAGAAAGAGGAAGCGGCAAGACGCGCUCAGAAGGAAGCAGAGGAAGCGGCAAAACGCGCCCAAAAGGCAGCAGAAGAAGCUGCCAAAGAGGCAACGGCGGCUCUUAGCGAACAAAUGCCCAGUGAAAUUCAAGCUCCUGAAGAGGAAGAUGUUCGCAUGACUGAACAGCAACUUCAAGAACUACGUGCUGCACUAGCAAUCCUUUCUUCUAAGUCAGCUGUUUUAGAAGAAAGGGAAGCAUUAAAUGAAAUUAAGGAGGACCGAGCGGAAUAUAAAGAGGAUAUGCAAGGGUUAAAGGAAACUGGUAAGCAUAAAGAAUCCGCCGUAUCAAAUCGUCUUGGAUCACGCUUAGAAAAAAUGAUCCGAAGAAUUGACAAGGAAUUGGAACAGUAUGACAGUGAAGUUGGUUCGAAAUUAAAUCUAAUUCAAGCAAACGAGAGCGGGCAAAUAAGUGUUAAUGAUUUAGCGGAAGCGCUUAGAAUUAUUAAACACACGCCUGGAGAUAAUGAAAGGAUUAAAAAGAUUGUGAAAAAAUUGGACGCAGACGGUGAUGGAUUGGUAUUUUUAGACCAUAUUUAUGAAUUAUGCUCUGAAGGAGAGGGUUUAGGAGUGUUGGUAGAAAAAAAGCCGGAGUCUCAAGAAGAAAAAGUUCCGAAACCCAAAAAAGAGGACAUUGUACAAACAUAA